GGAAAAAUUCGGUGCCUUUUCAGGUAAGCAUUAACGAGGUAGAUUCACAACAAUAUAGUAGGUCAACUAGGUGGAUUUUCUUUAAAUAUCCCAUUCAUCCUUCAAGCACCAUCCCAGGGUGGCUUCAUUGCUCUCACUCACAGUUGUCAACCGAAAUCUACAUCCUGAUAUACUCUCUGGAAUAAGGCAAACAUGACGCUGAAGGUCUUAUUGACAGGAGGAAGCGGGUUUGUCGCGACCCAUGUGCUUCAGAAACUCCUUGAGCAUGGGCACAAGGUGGUCACAACUGUACGGUCUGACGAGAAGGGCCGAUAUCUUCUAGACUUGUUCAAAGGAAACCCCGUCACCUAUACCGUCGUCCAGGAUAUCGCCGCUGAAGGCGCAUUCGACGAGGCUGUCAAGUCAGAUCCUCCCUUCGAUGCUGUCAUACAUACCGCUUCACCAUUUCACUACAAUGUGCAGGACAACAAAAGAGACAUGAUAGAUCCGGCGGUGAAUGGUACUACUGGGAUUCUCAAAGCCAUUGUGAAGUUCGCUCCGUCGGUCCGGCAUGUGGUGAUCACGUCGUCAUUUGCAGCCAUUUCGAACCCGAAAGCGCCGCCAAAGGUGUAUAGCGAGGAGAUCUGGAACGACAUGACUAUGGAAGAAGCGCUCACGACGAAGAAUCCGCAAGCGGCUUAUCGAGCAAGCAAAACGUUCGCUGAACAGGCUGCCUGGGAGUUUGUUAAGAUACAAAAGCCACAUUUCGGCCUAACCGUGCUGAACCCACCGAUGAUAUACGGGCCUGUGAUUCACGAGGUGGCCUCCCUAGAUGCGCUGAAUACUUCAAGCAUACGGAUUUUGGACCUAUUGUUGGGUAAACCACGGGACGGGCCAGUUGGUUCCCCGAUUUACGUCGACGUUCGCGACCUCGCUUUGGCACAUGUACUCUCGAUCGAGAAGCCCGAAGCUUCAGGGCAGCGGAUAUUCAUGGCUGCAGGAAUGGGCUCGGAGAAAGAAAUGGGUGAUAUCAUCAAACGAUCUUUCCCAGAACUGGCAAAGAAUGUUCGCGACGACCUUGUCGCAGACAUGCCACCAUAUGGCAUCGACAACAGCAAAGCCAAGAAGAUACUAGGGAUAACUUACCGAAGCCUGGAGGAGACAGUUGUAGACACCGUCAAGUCACUGCAGGCGUUAGGAGCUUGACCUGAGAAACAAGUCGGGUCGCUCGUCAAUAUAUUCUCCGAGUUUGUCCAGAGUGGACUGCUAGAACACA